AUGUCCGUCAAGUUCCAACAAGAGACCGUUCGCGCGACAGCGCCAGCCGUUGGUCGCGAUGAGUCAACAGCACACCGCAUCGGCGAAGCCCUCACCGGCGGCAACACCUCCAAAGGCUAUCUCGCCGCCUAUCUCAAACAACUACAAUCGAAUCCUCUGCGCACCAAGAUGCUGACAUCUGGUUCGCUCGCCGCGCUACAAGAAGUCCUCGCCAGCUGGCUUGCCCACGACCGCUCAAAGCACGGCCACUAUGUCAGCAGCCGCGUCCCCAAGAUGGCCGCAUACGGCGCAUUCAUCGGCGCCCCUAUGGGUCACCUGCUCGUCGGGCUUCUGCAACGCGUCUUCGCGAACCGCACAUCGCUCAAGGCGAAAAUUCUCCAGAUUUUGGUCUCGAACUUGGUCAUUGCCCCGAUUCAGAACAGUGUAUACCUCGCCUCAAUGGCUGUCAUCGCCGGCGCCCGCACUUGGCACCAGAUCCGCGCUACGGUUCGCGCUGGCUUCAUGCCUGUCAUGAAGGUCUCGUGGAUUGCCAGCCCGAUCACGCUCGCAUUUGCACAGAAAUUUCUCCCGGAGCAGACAUGGGUGCCGUUCUUCAACAUUGUUGGCUUCGUGAUUGGGACCUACAUCAACACGCACACCAAGAAGAAGCGUCUUGCUGCGCUUAGGAAGAAGCACUACGGCGACUCCCGCUACGGCAGCGACCCGCGCUACGACGAGAAGCGCUCCAACACCGGUGGUGGCGGCCCGUCGGGCGAGCCACGUUACUAG